AUGAGCCCGGCACUGCCGUCGGGUGCCCUGGCCUGGGGCGCCGCGGCCAUGCCCUCCCUGCGCCCCUCUCGAUCCUGUGCAGGGCCUCGGCCAUUCACUCCCAGCACCGCAUGCCCCGCCAAUCCACCUCGCGUCGCGCCCCGGCAUUACAUCGUCGCCAGGGCCGCAGCGGACCCUUACGUGCUGGCCAAGCUGGAGGACCUGGCCCGCAGCCACGCGGAGCUGCAGGCCGGCAUGGCCACGCCCGCGGUGGCGGGCGACCCCACCGAGUACCAGCGCCUGGCCCGCGCCGCGGCGGAGAUGCAGGAGCGGGUGAGCGGGUACGAGCGGUACCGCGCGCUGGAGGCGGAGCUGGCCUCGGCGCGGGAGGUGCUGCGCGAGUCGGAGGGCGACGCCGACAUGGAGGCCAUGGCGCGCGAGGAGGUGGAGGGCCUGGCGGAGCGGCUGGGCGCGCAGGCGGAGGCGCUGCGCCUGCUGCUCCUCCCCCGCGACCCGCUGGACGAGCGCAACAUCAUGCUGGAGGUGCGGGCGGGUACGGGGGGUGACGAGGCCGCGCUGUGGGCCGCCGAGCUGGUGCGCAUGUACCAGCGCUACGCCGAGCUGCAGGGCUGGCGCGUGAGCCUGGUGUCGGAGAGCCUGGCGGAGGGCGGCGGGUACAAGGAGGCGGUGCUGCGCAUCACGGGGGACAAGGUGUACAGCAAGCUGAAGCAUGAGUCCGGCGUGCAUCGCGUGCAACGCGUGCCCAGCACCGAGACCUCUGGCCGGGUGCACACCAGCACAGCCACCAUGGCCAUCAUGCCGGAGGUGGACGAGGUGGACGUCCAGAUCGACCCCAAGGACAUCGACAUCUCCACUGCUCGUGCCUCGGGCGCGGGCGGCCAGAAUGUGAACAAGGUGGAGACCGCCAUCGACCUCAUGCACAAACCCACGGGCAUCCGCAUCUUCUGCCAGGAGGACCGCACCCAGCUGCGCAACCGGGAGCGGGCCAUGCAGCUGCUGCGCGCCAAGCUCUUCGAGCUGGAGCUGGAGAAGCAGCGGGGGGAGGUGGCCGCGCGACGCAGGAGCCAGAUUGGGACCGGCAGCCGAUCGGAGAAGAUCAAGACGUACAACUUUAAAGACAGUCGGAUGUCAGACCACCGGACCAAGAACAACUACGACCUGAACAAGAUCCUGGAGGGGGGGCUGGAGGACAGCAUUCAGGCCGUGCUCCGUAUGGAGCAGCAGGAGGCCCUGCGCGAGCUGGCCGAGUCAAUGAAGGAGUGA